GUGGAUACUGUGUCGCGGCCUCCAAACCGACCGAGCAAUUAAACCUAAAGCCGUUCAACUACAGGCAGGUACGACUCGUAUAACGAUGGGGAAGCAACUUAGUACAAAUCUCGCCCACAAUGGCAGCUUCUGAGCCAAAACCUCUUCCUUCACUUUUCACUGUUCAUCCUACCACCAGACACCAUGCCCAGCUACGAAGUGGUACCCGUCUCUCACCUCCCUCCGAACUCCUGGUUCGAGGGCUUCGCCGUCCGUCCCAAUGGCACCCUACUCGGGACGCGCCUUGACAAGCCGGAGCUCUACACACUGGACCCUUCAGACCACGAGACAGACCCUGAACUGCUGCACACCUUCCCCGACGCCACGGGCGCCAUGAACAUCUGCCCCAUGGACAGCGGCGACGAGGAAGAAUACGCAGUGAUCGCCGGCAGCUGCGAUCUCCAAAAUGUGCGCUUUGACUCGGGCUGCAUCUGGCGCGUCGCGAUCAAGGACGGCGCACCGGUGGUAUCAAAAAUCGCCGACCUGCCCGACGCGGGUUUCUGCGUCGCCAUUGCCGCGGCUGGUCCCCGCGCGCUGCUGGUAGCCGACUCUUAUAAAUGCCGCAUCUGGCGGGUGGACACGCAGACCGGCGAGGUGUCGGUCUUCUUGGAAGACGAGACAAUGAAGAUAGCUUCGGACGAGGACUUUUUCGGCAUCAACCGCAUACGCAUAUCGCACGGCUACGUCUGGUACACCAACACCAGCGCAGGCCUACUCUGUCGUGUCCCCGUGGAGCUGGCCGACGAUGUGGGCGUCCGGACUACGGGACCUGUCGAGAUCAUCACAGCUUCAUUAUUGCACUGCAAUGGCCUGGCCGUGUCGGAAGACGGCAAGUCGUGCUUCACAGUGGGCCACAUGAGUGGCGUGUUGUGGAAGAUUGACAUCGACGCCAAUGGCAAGGGCACGACCUCAGUACUCAGGGGAGAUCUGGAGAGCCCUACGUGCGUAGUGAUGCGCCCGGGAGGAGAGGAACCGAAACUGUUUGUCGCAUGCGGUGGAGAAAGUGAUAUCGACUCUGUCGGUGAGGAGGAGGUGGUGGAGGAGGUGGAGCUGCCCCCGCUCAAGGAUCUCGAGAUCAGCGUGACGGUCAUCGAGGAGGUGAAGGUACCCGUGGAUUCUUGAAGCCUCUCCGGCUCCCGCCGCCCGCCGUCGCACCAAGCUUUUCGCGCUGUUCCUUUCGCGGCAAAGUUUCCGUUCGACGCUAACCUUCAAUCCACCAAUACACGCGAGCUCCGAGCCGCUAUCCACGCUACCUAGGACCUAGGGACAGGCACCGUAUUCACAUCCGCUCCCUAAUGCCGCGCUUUACUCCAAAGUUUCAUGCUUGUAGGGGUGGUGCCUGGGACUGUAGAUUAAUUGAAAGUAUUCAAUAGUUGUCAGGAUUUCCUAGACUACCAGAGGGACUUAGUGCUUCAACGAAUUAUAAAUGCAUAAGAAGUUUUAUUUACCGG